CCGCCGCCGCCUCUAUAAGCGCCGCCGCGGGGCGGGCGCGGGAGCCGCUGCUCGACCCGUCCCGACCUGUCCCGUCCCGCUCCGCUCCGCCCCGCCGGGAGCAUGUACCAGAGCCCUGCGCGCUGCCUCUGCUCGGCGCUGCCCGCCCUCUGCUGCGCCCCCGCCUCGGCCUCCCUCCUGCCGCCGCGGCCCCGCGUAACCCCCCACCAGCCGCCGCCUCCCCUCGGUCCCGCCGCCCCGCGGGCAGCAGCAGCGGCGGCGGGCGGCCCGCCCGUCCCGGGGGCUCCGCCCCGCACAGUGUGUUCCAUGGGAAACAGCACCAGUCGGCUCUACAGCACGCUCGCCAAGACGCUGAGCGGCAGUGCAGUGUCCCAGCACCAGGACUGCCUGGAGCAGCCAGACUCAGCACGGCUGGAUCCUAUAGACCCCAAGGAUUUGCUGGAGGAAUGUCAGAUUGUUCUGCAGAAGCGGCCACCCCGGUUUCAGAGGGACUUUGUGGACCUGAAGAAAAACGCUGCCAGCAACCACCGCCCCAUUCGGGUCAUGCAGUGGAACAUCCUUGCCCAAGCUCUCGGCGAAGGCAAAGACAACUUUGUUCAGUGCCCCAUGGAAGCUCUGAAAUGGGAAGAGAGGAAGUGCCUCAUCCUGGAGGAAAUCCUUGCCUACAAGCCUGACAUCUUGUGCCUGCAAGAAGUCGACCACUACUUUGACACAUUUGAGCCACUCCUCAGCCGACUCGGCUACCAGUGUACUUUCUUCCCGAAGCCGUGGUCCCCGUGCCUAGACGUGGAGCAGAACAACGGGCCGGAUGGCUGCGCCUUGUUUUUCCUCAAAGACCGCUUUGAGCUCAUCAACAGCGCUAACAUCCGGCUAACCGCCAUGAAGCUGAAGACCAACCAAGUGGCCAUAGCUCAGACGCUGAAGUGCAAUGAAACUGGAAGACUGUUCUGCAUUGCCGUCACUCACCUGAAAGCCCGUACCGGCUGGGAGAGGUUUCGGUCCGCACAAGGCUGCGAUCUUCUCCAGAACUUGAAGAGUAUUACCCAAGGUGCAAAGAUCCCUCUGAUCAUCUGCGGAGACUUCAAUGCGGAGCCUACCGAGGAGGUCUACAGAGAGUUUUCCAACUCCAGCCUCAACUUAAACAGUGCAUACAAGCUGCUGAGCCCCGACGGGCAGUCAGAGCCCCCAUACACCACCUGGAAGAUCCGGCCCUCGGGAGAGUGCCGGCACACGCUGGAUUAUAUCUGGUAUUCCCAGCAUGCCUUGAAUGUGAACUCAGCCCUGGGCUUGCUGACUGAAGAGCAAAUUGGGCCCAACAGGCUGCCGUCAUUCAAUUACCCUUCCGAUCACCUGUCUCUGGUGUGUGACUUUAGUUUUAAUCAAGACCCUGACAGACUGCUGUGAUGUGUUGGAAUGCCACCUGGUAUUGCAGUGUCUUAACUCACCGCUAUUUUAUUUUAGAGAGAACUUUUGAAGCUGGAAGCCAUUGAAGGAUGAGGAAAUACUGUUGACUAAACAUUAUUUUGGGCACUUGUUUGGAGUUACACUUGCCGUUCAGCGCUUGUUAAUCUGGAGCCUCCAAGGGAGGAAGAAAGGAGUCAGUGUUCUCGUCGUGGUGUUCUUGCCAUGUCGAGGUUUGAACACCGGAAGGCAAAUGAGCUUUAUCCUUUCACUAACCCCUGUGUUUAAGGAUUUAAUCCUCUAAUGAAUGGGGAGGCCUUAGUAUUUAAAUCAAAACACUUGUGUUUGUAAAACAACUUGCCCUGACAGCAUGCUAAUUUUAUUUAUUUCACGCUAAGCUUGUGCAAGUACCAAAGGGAAUGAGGCUCAACUAUUUAGUGAGAUUCUCUUAAAUCUUUUUCUGUUGCAAUACAAAGGAAGUUUAAUGCAGUUUAGACAUGAACAAAUCUAAGCUCAUACUAGUGUUGUCUUCUCAUUUUUACAUGACUUGAGAUGAUGAUUUCAUUAAAAGUGAAUGGAUAAUAGCCCAGUGUAAGGAAGGCACUCUGCAGUAAGAGCAGGUAAGGAAAUAGAGGCUAAUUACUCUCCGUCAUAAUAGUAAUAUCCUCACUUUUCCAGAUGAAUGUGCAUGUGUCCGUUACACGAGUACAGCCUGCAGGUAUGUAUACACAGUGACUGUUCCCUUGUCUCUUCUGUGCUUCCCUCCAGAGGACACACCUAACUAGGGAGUAUUUCCUCCUCUGCUUCAAGUAUUACUUUUCUAAAUGGUUUAAAUUUGUAGUCUUGUCAAUUUUGCUGCUUCAGUAAAGGGCCAAUCUUCUUGUUGAAA